AUGAAGCAGCCAUCAGUAGGAGACGCUAAGGCUGUUGGCCACGAGCUGGCGAGCGUACUUCCCAACGAUGGAGUUCCGUGGUGGAAAAAAAGGCACCUCAUCAAGCUCAACUUUUGUAUCGCCUCAUUCAUGCUGUUCACAAGCUCGAACGGAUUUGACGGCUCCAUUAUGAACGGCUUUCUAGCUCUGCCACAAUGGCGUGAAUUCAUGAGCAACCCAACUGGCGCAUGGCUUGGUUUUAUCAAUGCCGUGUAUUCUCUUGGUGCCGUCGUUGGGUUUCCAGCCUCCGCCAUUAUUUGCAACCGUUGGGGUCGCAAGAUCGGCCUCUGGCUAAGCGUUUUGGCUGCUUUAGUCGGCACCGCUUUACAGACUGCUGCUCCAAACCAGGCUGCCUUCAUUGUUGCCCGAUUCAUCAUGGGAGUUUCCCAAGGCCUAUCGGUCGGCGCCCCACUGCUCAUUGCCGAGAACGCUUUCCCCACGCACCGUGGUAUUGCAUCCAGCGUGUAUAACUGCGGCUGGUAUAUCGGUAGUAUUGUGGCGGCUUGGGCGACCUUCGGCACCCGAAACAUGGAAAGUUCAGCCUCAUGGAGGAUUCCAUCUGGACUGAUGGCUCUACUUCCAGUCAUCAUAAUUCCGUCUCUCUUUAUGAUGGACGAAUCUCCCCGAUGGCUUGUGUCAAUGGAUCGCGCCGACGAGGCACGCAUGAAUCUUGCCAAGUCUCAUUGCGGUGGUGACCUCAACGCGCCUCUUGUUGCUUUUGAGAUGGCCGAAAUUGAAGAAACUCUCAAGGCCGAAAAAGAAGCUAACGAAAGUUCUUCCUGGGCCGAUUUGUGGUCUACACCUGGAAAUCGCCACCGUCUAUGGAUCUCUGUUAGUCUCGGCAUCUUUGCGCAGUGGUGCGGCAACGGCGUUGUCAGUUACUACCUAGCCAUCAUCCUGGACUCUGUCGGCAUCACAUCUGUCACCAACCAGACGCUUAUUUCAGGCUGUCUACAAAUCUGGAACUUUAUCUGGUCCAUCGCCGCAGCCGCCUGUGUUGAUAAGGUUGGACGUAAGGCAUUAUUUAUGACCAGUGGUGUUAUUAUGCUAGUUUCUUAUAUUAUUGUCACUGGGCUUUCUGGCAGUUUUGCCGCUACCGGCCACGGCCCCACUGGACUUGCAGUCGUCCCCUUCUUAUUCAUCUAUUUCCUCGGUUACGAUAUUGCACUUACGCCACUUGUCGUCUCGUACCCGGUCGAGAUCUGGACAUAUCAACUACGAGCCCGAGGGCUGGCCAUGUGUCAAAUGGUUUCUCUCGGGGCCAUUUUCUUCAAUACUUUUAUUAAUCCGAUUGCUCUCGAUGCCAUCCAGUGGAAGUACUACUUUGUCUUCGUUGCAAUCUUGGUUGCCAUGCUUAUAUCUGUUUGGUUCACCUACCCCGAAACUCGAGGACUGAGAAUAACAAUGGCAUAUACGAAAGCCUGCAGAAACUUCUGGCUAGCCUAUGCCAAUGCGAUUAAGGAGGCACUCGACUUCGAACCGAGUGGAGAUACUGCCAUAUACAUUGCCAGCAAGACUCAGAAAGGACCCUUUGUAUCCCCAAGAGUCCCAGCAGACUAUACCAACUCAGGGAUCUUUGAAGCUUGUAACAACUAUCUUCAUCCGAACAGUCUGUUUUAUGAUCCUACCUCUAAGGAUUCGUACAUCGAAUCUUUGAAGGACUAUCUAAUGCUAGUUGAUAUCGGAGCUGAAGACCAAGUCGCAGUUCAGAUCGAGUCAUAUAUUAAAGACCUAGAUCACAACCUAGAAAUCUACGGAAGACUAAAAGAAAAGGCGUUGAAGACAUUCAGAAAACACUCAGACACCGGCGAUACUGGUGAUUUGACAUUUUUGCAGUGGUAUCAUACCAACGCAUUGGCAUUCUGUAAUUCCAGUCGAGAUGUUGACGCAGCGUUAGCCGCGCUGAUAACGUCUGCCAACAACGUCGGAAGCACUUUGGCUCAAAGAUGGGCCAAAGACUUGAGGAAGCUUGUUUUCGCGCUCAAAUGCGAACAGCAAAUACCAGGAAUCACUAUGGAUAGUAAUUCCGCAUCUGCAGAGCAACGCCAGAGAAUGUUGAUCGCUGUCCGAUCAGGAAGGAGACUGGCUGCUCCUAAAAGCUCUGUUUGCGUUCCUGCAUACUACUGCCCACUGUAUCAAGAUGUAGUACCGAACUGGACAGACGCGCGUAGUAGUGAUAAGCCAAGCGACAGGAUGUACAUCCGGUAUGCAGAAGGGGAAAUAGCCGCUGAGGGAGAUUUCGGCCAAACUGCGGAUCAAGGGGAGUUCGAUUUUACAUACACGCCCUGGGUCUCCUUCAAUACUGCUGAAAGUGAGAUUCUUUUGGAGUCAGAUAUUGCGGACGACUCGGUUGACAUUACUAUCACCUUUAACGAUAUCAGAGCAUUAGCCGUUUCUCCAGGCACAUGGGAUGUUGAGAAUCCCGAAUCAGCAUAUCGGAGGAUGAAGCACGCAUCAAAAGUGCCAACGCAACUCGUUCAACCACAAGCGAUCAUUGUCAUACAAAACUUGAGUUUCCGAAUCGGUUUUAGAGGCGUUUUGGUAUCCGAAGUGAGCGAGAAGAUCGAUUUAAUCCGGACUUCAGGUGGGUUUUUGAGGAUUUUGGGUGUUCCAGUCAAAAUUGGUGGAGACAGUAGCACUGACGACACUUCACACGUCGGAACUUGGGAUAACAACAAUGGCGUCCUGGAAGUUCUUCCUACUGCCGAUGGAGCCUUUGCAACAGUUGUUGCAAUGAUUGGAAAGCCCCUAUACAUGAAUUAA